AUGAAGUUUGACGACGUGAUAGCAGAAUUGAACGGCUUUGGUAGAUUCCAAUUUAGACUGAUGUUAAUGCUGGUAAUUCCACGUUUGGUUUUGCCUUUUCAUUUUCUGAUGAAUAAUUUCAUCGCAUAUAUUCCUUUACAUCACUGCAACAUUAGCGUUUCAGAUGAUGGGAGUGUUUUUAGGAAUCUGUCCUCUAAGCAGAGGCUCGCUGUCAGUAUUCCAGUCCAGGAGGAUGGGACGCUGAGUUCUUGUCAGAUGUUUGCCGAGCCUCAGUAUCAUCUAUUGUUCAACUCCUCCAACGUUACUGAGCUGCCAACAGUAUUUUGUCAGAAUGGAUGGGUGUAUGAUACGUCCGUCGUCAAGUCUACUUUGGCCUCUGAGUGGGAUUUGGUCUGUGAGAGAAGAAGAGCAAACAAAGCCACAGCAACCAUCUUCUUCCUGGGCGUCAUGUUCGGAGCAGCAGUGCUUGGCACGCUUAGUGACCGGUAUGGCAGGAGAAUAAUGCUUUUGGUGUCCUAUCUGAUAACCACAAUCUUUGGAUACGCAAGCAGUUUGUCCACUAGUUUCAGCAUGUUUGCAGCCAUGAGGUUUUUUACUGGAUUUGGAUGUUCUGGAAUCAGCAUAAUCACUAUUGUCCUUUGUGUAGAAUGGGUAGAGGUGAAGCAUCGAUCUACAGUGUGCAUUUUAUUAAGCAUGGACUGGUGUGUGGGCACCAUGAUGCUAGCUGCUGUGGCCUAUUUAAUCAAUGACUGGAGGUACCUGACAGCCGCGGCAAACACCCCACUCUUGUUGGCCAUCAUCUGUUGGUGGUGGCUUCCAGAUUCUGCCAGAUGGCUGAAGAGCCAUGAAAAGGAUAAACGUGCAUAUUUUUACCUGAGCAAGUGUGCUAAGGUAAACCGCAGAGAGCAAUUCAUGGAUCACCUAAAACCUGAGAAUUUAUCCAAGUUAAUAGUGUCAGAAAAUGGAAAAAGAGCAUAUUCUCUCUUGGAUUUAGUGAGGACUCCCAGCAUGAGGAGACUGACUGUAAUUGCUGGCAUUGUGUGGUUUGAAGUGGCCUGCAGUUACUACGCGAUAGGUUUGAAUGUCGCUGGAUUUGGCGUGGACAUUUACAUUACACAGUUGAUCUAUGGUAUCUCUGAACUUCCUGCCAAAUUUUUCAUCCUUUUUUCUUUGAACAAACUUGGGCGAAAGUUGAAUCAAUCCAGUGGACUUUUUCUGACUGGACUUUGUCUGUUCUGUAACAUCCUAAUUCCAGCGAAAUAUGCAGCAUUUCGAACAACGGUGGCAGCACUGGGGAAGAUGUUUUCUGAAGCAGCUUUUACAGUUUUGUAUUUGUACACUGCAGAACUCUAUCCUACCGUAAUGAGGCAAAAUGGUUUUGGCUGCUGUAGCUUCCUCGCCCGUCUCGGCGUGUCACUAACCCUCCCGGUGACUCUUCUUGAGGAGGUAUGGGUUCCUUUGCCAGGCAUUGUCUUUUCCCUGAUGGCUUUCACUGCCGGGUUGUUGACAUUGCUUCUUCCUGAGACAAACAAAGUCCGCCUCCCGGAAACUAUUGAGGAUGUGGAAAGGACAAGGUAA